AGGCGCACACGCGGCACCGGGGGGCGCCCUUCCCGGCUCGCCCCGCCCAGCCGGAGCCGCCCGCCCUGCGCCCGGCCGAGCGCCGCCAGACGCCGCCACGCCCUGGCCCCGCGGGGAGCGCUCCGCCAGCCCUGCCGACUGGCCCCCCCCGGGAGGAGGAGGAGAGAGCAGGGCUGCGCCUCCGGCGGCGGGACAGUCUCGGGAGCAGCGCGAGCCACCGCGCCACCGCGCCGAGCCUGGGACAAUGGGGCCGCGGCGGCUGCUGCUCGUGGCCGCGGGGCUGAGUCUGUGCGGCCCCCUGCUGUCGGCCCGCACCCGGGGCCGCAGGCCAGACUUCCCUCCGUGCUGGACUGGCCAGCUGCGUCUUUAGGGUUGUUCCACACGCCCAGCUGUCCUCCGUGUUUCCUGUCGUGCGGUCGGGACAGCUGGAGGCUUGCUUGGAUUCGGGUUCGGCUGUGUGCAGGACGACAUCAGCUGUGGUGCUGUGCGCCCCUGUUACGUCACCUCAAGACUGUCUCUCUUUUUGAGAUCUGAGGAUUACUCAGUGGAUCCAGGGUCAAAAGCAACAAAUGAUACUGUGGAUCCCCGGUCGUUUAUUCUCAGUAAUUCCCACGAUCAAUUUGAACCAUUCCCCAUGGGGGAGGGGUACGAGGAGGAGAACAAAAGCAUGUUAACUGAAGACACAUCAAGCUCCAUCAACAGGAGCAGUCCGCUUCGAAAGCCGCCUGGGGAGCCCAUCUCCAAAGAGGCCUCAGGGUAUCUGACCAGCACCUGGUUGACUCUCUUCAUCCCCUCUGUCUACACGGGUGUGUUCGUGAUAAGCCUGCCUCUCAACAUCAUGGCCAUUGUGUUGUUCAUCUUGAAAAUGAAGAUCAAGAAGCCUGCCAUGGUGUACAUGUUACACCUGGCCAUGGCAGACGUGUUCUUUGUGUCUGUGCUCCCCUUUAAGAUCAGCUAUUACUUUUCCGGAAGUGAUUGGAAAUUUGGGUCUGAAAUGUGUCGCUUCGUCACUGCGGCAUUUUACUGUAACAUGUAUGCCUCCAUCAUGCUCAUGACAGUCAUAAGCAUUGACCGGUUUCUGGCUGUGGUGUACCCUAUCCGGUCCCUCUCCUGGCGCACGCUGGGGAGGGCGUCCUUCACGUGCCUGGCCAUCUGGGCUCUGGCCAUCGCGGGGGUGGUGCCUCUUCUCCUCCAGGAGCAGACCACCCGGGUGCCGGGGCUCAACAUAACCACUUGUCAUGACGUGCUCAACAAGACGCUGCUGGAAGGUUACUAUGCCUAUUACUUCUCAGCCUUCUCUGCCGUCUUCUUUUUUGUGCCGUUGAUCAUUUCCACAGUCUGUUACGUGUCUAUCAUUCGAUGUCUUAGCUCUUCCGCAGUUGCCAACCAGAGCAAGAAGUCCCGGGCUUUGUUCUUAUCGGCUGCUGUUUUCUGCAUCUUCAUCGUUUGCUUCGGACCCACAAACGUCCUCCUGAUUCUGCACUAUUCGUUCCUGUUUCCGAUUUCCACGACAGAGGCUGCCUACUUUGCUUACCUCCUCUGUGUCUGUGUCAGCAGCAUAAGCUGUUGCAUUGACCCCUUGAUCUACUAUUACGCUUCCUCCGAGUGCCAGCGGCACCUCUACAGCAUCUUCUGCUGCAAAGAAAGUCCCGACCCCAGCAGUUCUAACAGCAGCGGUCAGCUCAUGGCGAGUAAAAUGGAUACGUGCUCUAGUAACCUGAGCAACAGCAUAUACAAAAAGCUGUUAGCUUAGGAAAAGGGACUGCCAGUGAGUUAAAAAGAAAUGGUUAAAAAAAAACCUACAUAACCUGAGGAUUCUACUAGUCCUUGCCAAAACAGUAUUUACUUCACCGUCAAAAACAGGAAAUGUAUGAUUUGCAUGCCUCCUUCUUAGGAGAGCCAUUAAGCAUAUUUAUUUGUUCAUUACAGAAAAAGAUAACGGGAAUAGAAAACGACGUUGUUCCCAGGGAGUGUUGCCAAUGCUGCAGUAGUAACUGGAUGUCACUUUUUGAUGUAUGUACAUUCAUGUACAUACACCCACUUGUGUCACCUGCAGUGCAGUAUAGAUGAGGCACUUUGAACCCCUCCUUUUUUUUCCCCCCAGAGAUUAUGGAAAUAAACUCUGAUUCUCUGAUUUCAUAGGCAAAGUUUAGGUUGGUGCAGUUCAGGCCUCAACACCUGGAGCUGUCCAUCAGUAGUGAGCGAUUCUCUAGUUUGGACUUACCCAGCUUUUGCAAAUAAGUGUAUCUUGAAAUUGUUCAGCAGCAAUGUUUAAGUUAUUGAGGGAUAAGACAGUAUUUGUGUGUAGAAAAAGUUCUACUGUUUUUCAUUCUAAACAUAUCAAAGUUUGAAUUCCUUAAAUUGCGAAAACAGAUGAUAUGGGUAGCAUUUUGGAUGUUUUACAUGCUGUAUACGUAGACCAAGAAGGAGCAUAGGUUCUACCAGUGAUGUUAGGCCGGGCUUCACAAUUCCCUGCCCCGGGAUGGAGGCCUCGCCGCAGUAGACGCAGGGCGGGGCCGCUGCAGACAGGCGUGGCCAGAAGCCCGUUGGCUGAGCCGCCGGAGAGCAGAGGCGCUGGACCCCUGUGUUUGCUCUCUCCUCCUAGGGUUCUCUCAGGGGCAGGCUCUGAGCUGAUCCCAUUUGGGAGGAACCGGCGAAGCAGGCCGCACUGUCCCUGGACAGAAUGAAUAUAAAAGACCUCUCUGUGGAUUUCGAGAACAGAAAAAGAAGGCGCAUGCCCUUCUAGCGGUACCCUGCCAGGACCACUCUCGGAUGGAAACACCCGUGAGCCAGCGUCAGCACCCAGGUGUGCUCUGGGCGUAGAGAGCUGAGUAAGACUGAGACCGGCCCUCAAGAAGAACAGCGUAGACGACACGUAGAGUGUGACGUGUGUAAUAAAUGUGUCAUUACAUAAAGAAGUGUUUUUAGCCAGUUGUCACCAAGCAAGUCUCACCCAAGCAGGGCCUGUCCUUUGAAGAACUUUGAACAUUUACGUUACUGCUUCCUGUGGUUAUAACUUGAGCAGAAAACAUAAUGGAAUACAGGAAGCGCAUUUUUUAAAGUCAGUCCUUCAGUUUACAGGAAUUGGACACUAUUUAUAAGUGUUUUCAAGAAAUUACUCAAAUCAGGUCUUUUUAAAAGAAUCAGUUAUGUCAGUCUGAUUAGAAAUGACAGAAGAAAACAAAACUGACUUUGUAAUCUAGGAAACUUAUCCUGUAUUUUCCACUCACUUGUAUUAAGAGUUAAUGAGGGGCCUGCCUGGUGGUGCAGCAGUAAAGUUCACGCAUUCCUUUUUGGCAGCCUGGGAUUCGCAGGUUCGGAUCCCAGGUACGGACCUGUGCACUGCUUGGCAAGCCAUGCUGUGGCGGGUGUC